UCGUCCGUUUGAAAUCCCAAAAAGUAAAGCAAAAUAUUAGAUAAAAUAGAAAGAAAGAAGGAAAGGGAAUAAAAAAAGAAAAAGAAAAAGAAAAAGAAAAGGCUCAGCUCCACAAGUGAAGUUAAGGCAGACUUUAUAAAAGGAGGAAUUGUUCGGGUCCGGCAUGAUCCGGUAUUGGGUCGAGCCACGAUGGGUCAACUUGGACGGUGGUCCGCCGCCGUGACGGUUCUGUUUGGUGUGUUGCUGUUGUCGUCGCCGCCGCUGUCGUCGUCUGAAAAAGUAACAGUAUCAGUGUAUUAUGAAGCUCUCUGCCCUUUCUGUGCCAACUUCGUGGUUUACCAUUUGGUGAAGCUUUUUGAAAAUGGAUUAAUCUCCGCCGUCAAUCUCCGGAUGAUCCCUUGGGGCAACGCCUGGAUCCAGCCCGACGGUGCCUUCUCUUGUCAGCAUGGACCAGAUGAAUGCAUGUUGAACACCAUUGAGGCUUGCACGAUUUCAAUUUACCCCGAUACAGAAAAACAUUUCAGAUUCAUCCAUUGUGUUGAGGGAUUGACAGUGCAAAACAGACACAAUGAAUGGACAAAAUGUUUUGACAUUGCCAAGUUGAGUGCUAUACCAAUAGAUUGCUACAGAAAUGGGCAUGGGAAAAUGCUUGAACAAAACUAUGCUUCUGAAACUACUCACCUCAACCCGCCUCACCAAUUUGUUCCAUGGGUCAUUGUCAAUGGUCACCCUCUCCAAGAGGACUACCAAAACUUCAUGGCCUACAUUUGCAAAGCUUACGAAGGCAGUGCUGCACCAGAAGCUUGCCAGUCUAUACAGCUCGACGACCACCAAUACGUGGAAAAUGCCAAUGGAGGAAGUCAAGUCUGUUAUGCAACUACAACGAGAAACUCAACAUUUUAAACGUGGGCAAGGAGAGAUCUCAAGAUCAAACCAGCCAGAAUAUUAGAUACUAGAGUCAAUGGAGAAGUUUCUCAUUUGAAAUAAACAAUACUAGAGGAUAACUAUAGAACAUAACUAUUUCAGUUUCAGAAUUAUGAUAAUGAUGCUAAUGUCCGUGUGCUGAUUGUUAAUGUUGCCUUCGCUCAGGCAGUUUAAAAGUUUGAAGGAAAGAAUAGAACCUGAUAUUCUGAACUCUAUCUUAUGAAGCUUAUGGAGAUUGAAUCUGAUAUCAUGAAUGGAAAAUGAUGGCUAGAUCUUGUCCUUCUUGCU